UGCUACAUGUCACUGCUGUCCAGAGCAGACGGUCAGUGUGUUCAGAGUCAUUCAGCUACAACAGACCACCGACUGGCAAACGUUAAGAGCUACUGUAUUUGGUGGAUCCACAAUUGUCCCUCUGUUCAUACAGGAAUGGCAUCACCCACCAGUAUGUUAGCAGAAGAGCAGGUGCACUGUUCCAUCUGUUUAGAGAUGUUUACCAACCCUGUCUCCAUUCCCUGUGGACACAACUUCUGCAUGGCUUGCAUCGGCAGCUACUGGAAGUCCAGUGCUCUCUUCAUGUGUCCGAUGUGCAAAAAGACCUUUCUCAAGCAGCCCGACAUCAGCAUAAACACAGUGCUGAGAGAGAUCACAGAGAAGUUCAAAGAGAUGAAAGCCUACCCAGUCCAGAACCUCCAGAGAACAAUGCAGCCCGAUCCCGGACGAGCCCCCGAAGAGCUCCCCGCAGACUUGCCCGAGCUGAUUCCACCCGACGUGCCGCCGGCACAGGGCGUGCCUUGCGACGUUUGCACUGAACACAGGCAACGGGCCGUGAAGUCGUGUUUGGUUUGUUUGACGUCUUAUUGCGAGGAGCAUUUGAAGAGCCACACUGCUCGCUUUACCAAACACAAACUGAUAGAGCCGGUGCGAAACCUGGAGGAGCGCAUGUGCAAGAAACACGAGAGAUUAUUGGAGCUCUUCUGUAAGAAAGAUCAGACCAUUGUGUGUGUGCUGUGCACAGAGAUGGACCACAGGGCCCAUUACACUGUGCCGGUCGAACGAGAGUGGACUGAGAAAAAGGCUCUGCUGCGUAAGACUGAAGCUGAAGUUCAACAUAUGAUCCACGAGCGUCUGAAGAAAGUUAAGGAUUUCAAACACUCAAUAGAGCUAAACAAAGCCAGUGCUCAGAGAGAGAUUGAGGACAGUAUGCAGGUGUUUACAGAUCUGAUCCGAGCGGUCCAGAAACUCCAGGCUGAGCUGGUGCUGGAUGUUGAGGAGAAACAGAGGAAGACAGAGAACUGGGCCAAUGAUCAAAUAAAGGAACUUGAGAGGGAAAUCGAUGUGCUAAAGAUGAGAAACACAGAGUUAGAGUAUCUCGCUCACACUGAAGAUCACAUCCAUUUCUUACAGAACUUUACAUCAUUAAUGUCUCAUCCACACACUAAAGACUGGUCUGAGAUCUGUGUGCCUGCAGAACAGUGUGUGGGAACCAUCAGAAGAGCUGUGCUUAAACUGGACCAGACGCUCACUGAAGAAACAGACAAACUUGUUGAACUAGAGCUAAGGAGGAUUCAAAAAUAUUCAGUUGACAUCACCUUUGACCCGGACACGGCCAACCCCUGGCUCCAGCUGUCCGAGGACGGGCAUCAAUUGCGUCACCUGGGGGCAUGGCAGGAUUUGCCUGACACCCCCGAGCGCUUCGAUACAGUGGUCAUCGUUCUCGGGCGCGAUGGUUUUUCCUCUGGACGCCGAUACUGGGAGGUCCAGGUGGGCGAGAAGGACGACUGGUACCUGGGUGUGGCCCGGGCAUCCGUGAACAGAAAGGGGAGAAUUUCAGUGAGCACACCUCACGGUUACUGGGCUUUAGCAAUGAAGAAAAGUCAAGGGUAUCGAGUUUCCUCCUCACCGCCCCUCCUGCUUCCUAUUGAACCCAAGUUGAAAAGAGUCGGCGUGUACGUAGAUUAUGAAGAAGGACAGGUGUCGUUUUAUGACGUACAAGCCAAAAGUCACAUCUACACUUUUAUGGACUCAUUCAAAGAGAAACUCUAUCCAUUUUUUUACCUGUACUGUUGUGAUAAGGCCUCUGACACCAUGACUAUUUGUCCUGUAGAGGAGAAAUCACACGUGAAAGAGUGUUGAAUUACCUUUGACAAAAUCAACAUCAUUAAACAUUUUCUUUUCUUUUGUGUUUAAAAAUUUAAGGUAAAAUUGGGAUUGUGCUGUACCACUCAUGAUUAGUUUCAGAUUGCAUUCAGUGUUUUUAUUUAUAGUCAUAUUUUUGUCUGUUUGUUUAAAUUGAAAUUGUGUAAUUUUCAUAAUCAUUCAUAAUUUUGUUAUAUCUUUAUUACUGUUGACAAAAAUAAAAAAGCCUUAGCUAU